AUUCACUGGCCAUUUGCAAAGAAUAUGGUCAUCCUGAUCUAUUCAUCACUUUCACGUGUAAUCCUAAAUGGGAUGAGAUUGAAACUGCAGUUCAGCUUUCUUCAUCGCAUGACGCCUCUGUGCGCCCUGAUAUUAGUGCCCGUGUUUUCAAAAUGAAGCUCGAUUCUAUGAUGGCUGAUUUCACCAAACAUCAUGUCAUGGGACGUGUCAUUGCAGCGGUCUAUACAAUUGAGUUUCAGAAGCGUGGUCUCCCGCAUGCCCACAUAGUUUUAUGGUUGGCAGACGCUGACAAAAUAACAGAUCCAGCUCAAAUUGAUUCAGUCAUAUCCGCUGAAAUACCAGAUAAGCUGACUGACCCUGUGGGGUAUAAAGCGGUAUCACAGUUCAUGAUGCAUGGACCAUGUGGAUCUGCAAACCCGAAAUGCCCUUGUAUGAUCAGAGGGCGAUGUUCAAAAUACUUCCCAAAAUCUUUUACUGACAACACUGUCAUAGAUGCGGAUGGUUAUGCACAAUACAGAAGGAGGGAUGACAAACAAAAUGUCAAAUGUGGCAAAGUAUUUCUUGAUAAUAGGCAUGUGGUCCCUUACCACCGUGGUCUCCUUGUCAAAUAUCAGGGCCAUAUAAAUGUGGAGUGGUGCAAUCGUUCUUUGGCUAUAAAAUAUUUGUUCAAGUACAUUGGCAAAGGUCCCGAUAUGGCUACUAUAGUGCUACAGAGAGAGGACAAUCAGCCCACAACAGGAGAACUGCCUUCCACGUCUCGGGCAACCGCAAAUGAGCGCGAUGAAGUGAAAACCUAUGUGUCAUGUCGGUAUGUCUCAGCGGCAGAGGCAUGUUGGCGCCUAUAUGAUUUCCCAAUUCAUCAUCGAGAACCAUUUGUCCAGCGACUAUACUUCCACCUUGAAAAUGAACAGGAAGUUAGAUUUCGUGAUGAUGAAACUUUGCCCCAAGUGGUUCGGAGAAUUGAUCCAGAUGGGACAAUGUUCAUUCAAUGGAUGUUGACAAAUCGGUGCGAUGAACUGGGUCAUGACCUUACAUUUGUAAAAUUCCCAACAAAAUUCCAUUGGGAUUCAUCCGCACGUCGCUGGUUUCGAAGGAAGCAAAAUAUUGAGGUCGUCGGCCGAAUGGUAUAUGCUCACCCUGCUUCUGGAGAGCGUUUUUAUAUGCGGUUAUUAUUAAACAUUGUACGGGGAGCCAUGACUUUUGAGGACAUCAGGAAAGUGGAGGGAACUGUUCAUCCAACCUAUAAAGAAGCAUGCUUUCACAGAGGUCUCCUGGAAUCGGAUAAUGAGUGGCAUAUUGCUCUUGAGGAUGCAAAGGCAUAUGCAACUGUGCCACAACUACGUGAUUUGUUUGUCACUUUAUUAGUUUUUUGUGAAGUCAGCAACCCGGCCGAGUUGUGGGAAAACCACUGGACAGCUUUGUCAGAUGAUAUAGAGUACACACAAAGAAAACUUUUAAGGCUACCAAGCCUGAGAAUUGAUGUUGGUGACAGACAAAUGAUUGCUCUACAGCCUGUUAAUGAUUUGCUAAAACAAUACGGAAAGAAAGUAGGAGAUUAUCUUGGACUUCCAGCCUUGAACCCGAAUGUAGCUAGCAGAUACAGAAACGAGCUGUUGGUGGAGGAGAUGUUGUAUGAUAGAGAGGCACUUAGGCUGAGGGCAGAAAAUAUAAUUGAAUCCUUGAACUACAUGCAAUCUACUGUUUUCCGAAGAAUUAUUCAGGCCAUAGAAUUCAAUUUGGGUGGCCUUUAUUUUGUAUAUGGUCCAGGGGGCACUGGUAAAACGUUUCUAUGGACAGCUAUAAUAUCAAAGUUGAGUGAAGGUAAAAUAGUACUUGCUGUUGCGUCAUCUGGUAUAGCUUCUCUUCUAAUGGAUGGUGGAAGAACAGCACAUUCACGCUUUAAGAUACCAAUCGAUAUUGAUGAGUUUAGCUGUUGUGAGAUAAAACAGAACACAUACCUGGCGGAGCUGAUAUGUGAGACUAGCCUCGUCAUUUGGGACGAGGCACCAAUGACUCAUCGGCACGUAUUUGAAGCAGUUGACCGCACCUUUCGGGAUAUCCGGACCAAGGUGGAUCCAGAUGCGUCCUCAAAAUCCUUUGGAGGGGUCACAAUACUUCUUGGAGGUGAUUUUAGACAGGUUCUUCCAGUGGUUCCCAAAAAAGGAAGAGCAGAUAUUGUAGGCGCAAGUAUAAGCAAGUCUAGCUUAUGGAAUGAUUGUACAGUUUUUAACCUGGUAGAAAACAUGCAAAUUGAGAAAAAUGUACCUGCAGUUACAAUUGAUGGAAGAAAAGUGCCAUUUCGUGAUUGGGUAUUGGCACUAGGUGAUGGUACGGAACAAACAACUAAUUUCGAUGAUGACACUGAACCUUCAUGGAUAAAGAUCCCGGCAGAGGUCUACCUAAAGCCCGGUGACAAUCCACUACAGACAAUGGUAAACGAAAUUUAUGCCCACCUCGGUGAACAACAUGUGCAAAUGGAAUAUAUUCGAGACCGAGCAAUAUUAACACCCCUCAACGAAUAUGUCGAGGCUGUGAAUAAUGAGGUCCUGCAUAGACUGCCUGGGGAGUUGAAAAUUUAUAGAAGCUAUGAUAGUGUUUGUAAGUCCGCUUCCACGGCAGUUGACGAGGUUUUAUACCCUCCAGAAUACCUCAACUCUUUAAAAUUCAGCGGGCUUCCCAAUCACGAGCUACAAGUGAAGGUGGGUUCUCCUAUAAUGUUGCUGCGCAACCUUAAUCCAAAAAAGAGCCUAUGUAAUGGUACUCGACUCAUUGUAACAAGAUGUUACCCCUUCCUCGUGGAAACAAGAAUUUUGACGGGUACUUGGAUCGGCGAUAUUACAUUUAUACCAAGGAUAAAUAUGUCCCCGGCUGACAAGACGUUCCCGGCAAUGGUGAAAAGAAAACAGUUUCCCUAUAACUGUUUGCUACGCAAUGACAGUGAAUAAAAGCCAGGGUCAGACGGUUAAAAACGUGGGCCUUUAUUUGCCUAAACCGGUUUUUAGCCAUGGCCAGAUUUACGUCGCAGUAUCAAGGGUUACCUCACCGCAGGGACUAAAGAUUCUGUGCGUGGAUGAAGAUGUCAGACAUACUGGCUA